AUGCGAAAUUUACUAUCACAGCUGCUGGCCUUAGGGCCAGAGCUGGCGGUGUACAUACUGGCGCUUCCGCUGCUCGCAUCUCGACCGACACACGCACUCACGCAAAACGCCAUUUCAUCGCCCAACCUCGAUCUGUCGCAAUUAGGACGUGUGGCCAUUGGAGGAGACUUCGACUCGGUGUCGCUGUACAGAUACGAAGGCCAAAAUGAAAACCUCUCGAGUAAUGGCAGUCAGUCGCUGCUUACGCGGUACCCGGAUGGCGCGUGGCAGAGCCUUGGACUGGUGGAUGCCGAUGCGACAAUAAUGGCCAUGUGCCCGUUCGUCGCGCAAGACGGCACGAAUAAUGGAGUCAUUGUGGGUGGCAACUUUACGAGUCUCAAGGGCGUGCAGGCGAGCUCAAUUGGGUUAUGGAACCCCAACGACAACUCGGUGACCGCAUUGCCCGGCUUGACUGGACCAGUGCGAGCGUUGUACUGCGACCAGGAAUCGGGUACAGUGUAUGUUGGAGGCAACUUCAUGGGCGGCAACUCGACAAACGCCAUGGCAUGGGUCACUGGAUGGCAAAAUCUACCUUUCGCUGGGUUCAACGGACCUGUCAACAGCAUCACGAAGAACAGCGCUGGGAAUAUUGUCUUUGGUGGUGAAUUCACCGGCUUGGGCAACGCUUCUACCCCAUCGACACCCGAUGCUCAGGUCGUCAACAUCGGUGGAGGCAGAAUCCUCGCAUCAGCAACAACCGGAUCUACCAGCACUGAUCAGCCGCAGGAUAUCGUCUGCAGCACUUCCGCAAAUGGCACCAACUGGCUUCUUCCCGAUCAUGCGCCAGGAUUCUGGCAAGGCGAGUAUGGGUUCGGCUUCGUCCCGACUAAACUUCGCCUGUACAACGCGAAUGUCAAUGGCCGUGGCACCAAGGAAUGGUUGUUCCGACGCCUGGACGACAAUGGCAUCCUGAACAUGACCUACGUGGACCCUGUUACCGGUCAGAAUAUGACUUGCGACCAGAAAUGCCCUCUUCCAGAAAACAACAGCACUGCCCAAGACUUCCAUUUCGUCAACAGUGUUGGUGUAAGCAAGUUCCAGAUCGAAAUCAACGAGUGGUACGGCGCCGGCGGUGGCCUCAGCGGCAUCGAGCUGUUUCAAGAUGACAUUUACAGCUACGCGGUCGACAACUUCAACGAGCCACGUUGUAAUGGUCUCAGCAGCGGCUCUAGCUCCACGAUUUCGCCAAACGAUGGCACGUGGGUGCAGGUCGCGAAUCGAGGCUACACCGCAUCAGACUUCCUGUCAUCAACCCUGAGCUCUACAGACAAGAUCAGCUUUGACACGAACGUCGUCUUCCGGCCGAACAUUCAGCAGUCCGGCAACUAUUCGGUCACAGUCUACACGCCAGGCUGCGUGCAAGAUGGCACUUGCGGAACACGAGGCCAGGUCAAUAUGACUGGCUCGAUGACCAGCGAGGGUGCACCCAUCACCACCACGUUGUUCCAGACCAACAACUACGACAAGUUCGACCAAAUCUACUACGGUUACAUCGAUGUUGACCAGGGUGCAUUCGCUCCCUCGGUCACGCUCUCGCCCGUUCUUGGCCAAGCUGCUCCAUUGACCGUCGUCGCAUCGAGGGUCCGCUUCGAACUGAUCUCUACCACGGAUGGCGGUCUCAACGGUCUGUAUGAGUACAACUCGACAGCCGCAACCACCGAUAGUGAAUUCUCCAACUCAGCCAUCAACACCGCUGGCUCCGACCUGGACACCGGCGCACGCAUCAAUGCAUUCGCUCAGGGUGAGGAUGCGCUCUACGUUGCUGGUAGCUUCUCUAACAACGACAUGUCGAACAUCAUGUCGGUGGCUGACAGGGCCAAUGCAUUGCCCGGUCGCGGUCUCAAUGGAGAGAUUCUGGGUAUGCGUCUGAAUGGAACGAGUCUCUACGUUGUCGGCACAUUCGACAAUACUGCCGACAGGACAGCCACUGGCCUCAACAAUGUAGCCGUCUUCUCGACAAGCGACAACCAGUGGUCAGCUCUUGGUGCUGGAGUGAAUGCGUCGGUCUUUGACAUCGUGCCCUUGGCAAUCAACGUUACUUCCGACGAUCAACAAGACUGCCUGGCUCUUAGCGGUAACUUCACUUCUGUCAACGCGUUCGAUGGUAACGCAGCAUUUGAAGUUGAAGGCUUCGCUAUCUGGGUGCCAAGUCAGCGCAAUUGGCUGCAAAACAUCGCCAAUGCCAGCGUUGCUCUUAAUGGCUACCUCAGCACAUACACCGAGAUCCCAGACAUGACGCCGUUGUAUGCAGGCACCGUCAGGUCGCAAGGCCUUGGCUACGCUGAUGCAAUCCAGCUUGUCGGUUCUGGCAACCCCACGAUUGAAACGCUCGGUGUGCGUCUUCAGCAAAGUACUGAACCCUCUGAAGGCGAGUCUUCUUCGAUGCGCAAGCGUGCUCUGGCUGAUCACAGCUCCGGUCAAAACUAUACUGGAGUGUACAACGGAAUCUUCUACCACCAGAACAACCUCAACAUUACCAUCCUCGGCGGCAACUUUGCUGCCACUUCUAGCAACGGCUCGACAGUGGAGAACCUUGUAUUCAUUAACAACACCGAGACAACGCAAACUGUCAAUGGGGUCGAUGGUCUCGAUGCAGACUCCAUCAUUGUCGCCAUGGAUACAUAUGGCACCCUCGUCUUCGCAGGAGGCGCCAUCAAUGGCACCGUCAACGGCAACGAUGCGACCGGUCUCGUUGUCUUCGAUUUGUCCGCCAACCGAUUUGCUUCUCCACAUCCUCCCGCGCUCGGGGGCGACAAUGUUGUGGUCAAUGCAGUAGCCACUCAGCCUGAGAGCAGUGUUGUCUAUGUGGGUGGCAGCUUUGACACUGCCGGUUCGCUUCAAUGCAGAACACUCUGCUCAUACGAUGCUGGGAUCAUGCAGUGGCAGAACGUGGUAUCCGGCUUGUCGGGAACGAUCAACACCAUGGUCUGGGCAUCGAACACCGAAUUGAUCAUCGCUGGUAACCUGACCAUUGAGGGCAACGCCACGACCAUGGCCACGUACAACUCGAAGAAGCAAACACUCGAAGAGUAUGCUGGCGGCUCGACACUACCUGGACCAAUCAUCGCUCUGUCUGCUGUCAGCAACAAGUAUGAUGAGUUCUGGAUAUCUGGCGUGGCCACUGCCAACAGUUCAGUGUACCUUGCAAAGUAUGCGGACAAUACCUGGACCGGUGCGGGCGGCCUCGGGGAGUCGACGACGAUCAGGAAAUUGCAAAUCAUGCCGCUGACUUCUGACCACGCUGACAGUGAUCUCAUGGCUAAAGAUCAAUCAUUGAUGAUCCUCGGUGAUGUCAACAUCCCAGGGCAAGGCAAUGCGAGCGCGGUGCUAUUCAACGGGACUACUUACGAGCCCUACAUCCUUACGAACAUGCAAGAUGGCACGCAGGGCAGUCUGUCGGCCAUUUUCGUCAGCAAUCCGCAGAACUUGAUGGACAACAGUGGGCAUCAGCUUGCCCUCGGACUCGUGGUCGUGAUUGGCCUGGCGAUAUCUCUUGCGCUCAUCUUCCUCAUGGUCGUGAUUGGUAUUCUACUUGAGCGACGGAGAAGACGCAAGGAAGGUUACGUCCCGAUGACGGUCGACAAGAGCAGCAACAUUGCUCGACUACCGCCGGAGACACUCUUCCAGAAUCUGGAAGGCAAGAACCCGCCACAGCUAUAG